AUGCCUUCGAGUCUUCCACCAGUGUUCUACCAUUUCUUCCGUACACCACUACCCUAUGCGAGGACUUUGGCUCUUCAGGAACAGCUACACGCCAUCCAGCUCAGUCAGCGCCGACUAGGUGCCCACAAAGACGUCUUGCUACUUCUAGAACACCGGCCAGUCUACACUGCAGGUCGCAGACAGAACGAAGACUCUAUUCGAGAUGACAAACUACGCUUAACAUACAUUGGAGCCGACUUUAUCAAUACCCAGAGAGGCGGAGAACUCACCUAUCAUGGUCCUGGUCAAAUUGUCGGCUACCCUCUUCUAGAUCUCUCCCGCUACUCGCCAGCAAUGGGCAUACGAGACUAUAUUUGUCGUAUGCAGAAGAUUCUAGAGCUUCAUCUUAGCGAAAUACAUGGAAUUACUCCUUCAGCAUCCGAGCAUACUGGCGUCUUUCUGAACCCUACAACCAAAAUUGCUAGCAUUGGCGUCCAGGUACGCCACCGCCUGACGACACACGGGUUUUCAAUGAACGUCACUUCGGAGCCUAUUACAUGGUUUAACCAGAUUGUGGCUUGUGGAUUGGCUGAUGUUAAAGCUGGGUCUAUUGAAGGAGUUCAAGGGCGGCCAAUCAGUUUGAAGGAUGAAAUUCCUGCGCUUGUGGAGCGUUUUGGGAAGCUGUACGAAAGAGAAAUGGUUGAGAUGGAUGCAAAGAAUGAAGGAGAAAUUGGGCAGGCGAUUCUGGAAAUGGAGGAAGAUGCACGUCGUUCAGGGUCUUGGGCGACAGAGCCUAUAGAAGCACCAAUUGCAUAG